UUCGCCAUGUCCGAGACAGCCCCAGCUGAGACCGCCGCCCCGGCUCCGGUGGAGAAGUCUCCCGCCAAGAAGAAGGCGACCAAGAAAGCCGGCGCAGGCGCAGCCAAGCGCAAGGCCACCGGACCUCCGGUGUCCGAGCUCAUCACCAAGGCAGUGUCCGCCUCCAAGGAGCGCAAUGGGCUCUCUCUGGCCGCGCUCAAAAAGGCCUUGGCCGCUGGGGGCUACGACGUGGAGAAGAACAACAGCCGCAUCAAGCUGGGGCUCAAGAGCCUGGUGAGCAAGGGCACCCUGGUGCAGACCAAGGGCACCGGCGCCUCCGGCUCCUUCAAGCUCAACAAGAAGGCCGCGGCGGGCGAGGCCAAGCCCAAGGCCAAGAAAGCCGGAGCUGCCAAGGCCAAGAAGCCCGCGGGCACCACUCCGAAGAAGCCCAAGAAGGCAGCUGGCGCGAAGAAAAGCGUCAAGAAGACCCCAAAGAAACCCAAGAAGCCCGCCGCCGCUGGCACCAAGAAGGUGGCCAAGAGUCCCAAAAAGGCCAAGGCUGCCGCCAAGCCCAAGAAGGCUGCGAAGAGCCCGGCCAAACCGAAGGCGGUGAAGCCGAAGGCGGCCAAACCCAAAGCCGCCAAGCCCAAGGCUGCAAAGCCUAAAGUGGCCAAGGCGAAGAAGGCUGCUUCCAAGAGGAAGUAAAGGAAGUUGGCCUGAGC